CCGGAGAGCAGCCGCAUUUCUGCACGCCAGGAGAGCAGGACGCACGGGAACACCGCGCGCGCACAGGUGAUCCUCUCAGCCAUGGAGUGCUUCAAAAACUGCUGCAAGAACUUCCUGCAGAAGAGUGAGAAGGAGCAUGAAACCCAAGUCAUCACCAUGACGAUGCCUCCGAACAAGACGGGAGGCUCAGAGGACGAAAAGAGGAGGCCGGUCGCCGACGACUACCUGCUGUCGAAGCUGCCCCCCGACGGCAGAGAGGUGCCCUUUGUCGUGCCGACAUACGUCCAGCCCAGAGUGAAGCCCCCCAGUCCCGGCGCCCGGCCCCCCCACCACACUUCUGCGAGGUGCAUGUACACGCAGAGGAAGGCGGAGCUUAUGAGCCCCACCUACUUCAGCUUCAGUCCAGAGGGGCUCUUCCAUCAGGGAGACGUGUCGGCGUACUCCUCACCCGGCUCCGCCCGCCGGGAAACACUGAAGAGCCCCCGCCCCCACAGCCCAGGAUGGAGCCCAAAGGCGGGAAGCCAGCAGCGUCUGAGCAGCUCCUUGCUGGAUCUGUCCAGCCUCCGGACCUCCGGGCAGGGUUUGGGCUCCACCUCCAGCACCUUGAGCAGCACGUCGUCCAUGAGGAGCUCCAUGGAGAGCAGCAUGGAAUCCGUCGCCCUGUCCGGAGACGAGCAGCAGAUUGGAAAGAUUUGUGUGCGGCUGAGUUAUCAGGAGGAUGUGGAGCAGGUGUGGAUAACUCUGACUCAGUGCUCAGAUCUCAAUCUGGAUGCAGACGGAGCCGAAGAACCAAAGGUUGCUUUCAAAGGCUUCAUCACCGUCCCCAAACCCAUUCAGUUCAAAACCUGCACCAGAGGCUACAGUCCGGAUGUGAGCUUCAUGCAGAGCUUCGUGUUUGCGCUGCGUCUGGAGCAGCUGCGCAGCAGCGCGCUGGUGCUGCGGCUGCAGGCGCACGGCGCCCGCAAGCGCACGGUGGCGGAGAGCGUCCUGUCGCUGCGAACGCUCGGUCCUCAGGAGUCUGAGCACUGGCUGGUCCUCAAAGCUGCCUCCAAAUCCCCCGUGUGCCACUCCGAGCUGCAGCUCAGCACCUGCUUCCAGCCGGUCAACGGCCGCGUCCAGCUGCAGGUGCUGGCGGUCCAGAACCUCCCUCCCACCUCCUCGCCGCUCUCUCUCCGGUUCUUCGUCACGGCCGAGAUGCAGCAGGUGGGCGGCGUGGAGACGAAGAAGAAGAAGUCUGGAGCGGUGAAGGCGCUGGAGGGCCAGUGCCAGUGGGGGGAGACCUUCCACUUCCUGCUGGGCUCCUUGGAGCAGCCGUGCUCGCUGUCGGUCCGACUCUACAGCUACAGCUCGGUGAGGCGGAAACGCUGCCUCGGACAGGUUCUGCUGGGGUUCGAUAGCCCGGUUCCCGAGGCUGUGGAUCAGUGGAAGGACACGAUGAGCCACCCGGAGAAGGUGGUGACGGCUUGGCUCCGGCUGAGCGCUCCCUAACGCCCCGUCCUCCUUCCUCCGCUGCCACGAGGUGUUCGGACGCCAUGGGAAUCCCGGGAGCCGGCUCAGGCAUCCGCUGGUGAAUUAGGGGUUUGAACAAAGCCUUGUUUCUGGAAGGUCAGCUCAAGUUUGAGAGGAGAACUUUUACCGUCAUCCAAACUGUGUAAAUGUGAGUGAAGGGAAGCUGCUCUGAGCUUCACUCAUGAAGGAUUUCAUUAGAACUGCAGGACAACGUUCAUUUGUUCAUGUUCGUUUGCAGAGGUAGAAUCAGGAUUUAAAGCUACAUUUGUACAGAAAUUUGUCUCAGCUUUAAUUCUGAAAUGUUUAGUUUUAUCUGACAGUCGUGAGUUCAACUGAUGUUUCUAAUAGAUGAGAAUAAAACCCGUUAAUGUCUGUUUUUAUGACUCGUUCCUCAUGAAAUCUGUGUGGAUUCGCACUCCAGCAGGUCUGCAUCCUCUAACAAUGAAAGCUCCAGUUUUUUACUGACUAAAAACCCAACCGGUGUCACAGUUGGGCAAUCAGGAGGAAAUCCAGGACAGAAUCACAAACACUUUAAUCUCAGAGUCCAAGGACUUCAUUGACACAAGUCAUACCAACAAACCACACAGGCCUAAGAAAACAAAACGAGUCGACACUGAAAGCAGCAGCAGAGUUCUUUAAAAACACAGAGACUCAUUACUGAAGUGCAGGCAGCUGUGACUGCUCAGCAGGAGAAUGGGCGGAGUCACAGCAGCCUGCACAGACGCAACAGAAAAAAGUAACUUAAGAAGCAGAACGUGACAACAGAAGCCACAAAAUCUCCCCUUUUAGAAAAAUACAUGAAUUUAUACAUGUUUACAAUAAUUGACUUACAGCUGUGCUUUAUUUUGCUGUUUAUUAAAACUUUAACGUCUUUGAUAUUUGACUGAAUUAAGUUCCUUUCAAAAUAAAGUACAUCCUGUGUCAGAUAAGCU